AUGGCUUUGUGCAUUCAAAAUAUUCUAAACUACUCGCCGGCCUUUGACGGAAACACAUCUUCGUCCCGAGCGACCCAACCACCCAGCUUAACACCCGAGCCCUCUCUUGGAGCAUCAUGCCCACAAAGCCCGUAUACACCAACAGAUCUAUCAGGUACAGCUCCUGGGCAGGCGGUGCCUGCUAAACGGCCCUUGGAGGAUGGGACGACCGAAGACGUCAGGCCCCAGUAUCCCAAUCUGCAUCCUCUAACUGGAGUACCCAGUGGUCCUCCAUCAGCGAUGUCGGGUCCUGGUAGGUUGUACUCACAGCCAUCGAUUUCUUGUCUUGGAACGCAAGCUCCCCUCUCUAUUUUACCCCCAAUUCAUACGCCGGGCCGCCUGCAGCAACCUCUAGUACACCCCCAAGCUUCAUAUUCUCCUAACAUGCAAGCUGGUCAGCUGUUUCCCAGCCCGGGCCCCCGAAGCGAGUCUACCUCGCCAUGGUCAGAAACACUGCGAAGACAUGGGAUGGGAGGGUCCCUUUUUGGCGUUGAGGGACAGCAAGCUUUAUUGGCACUUCCGGGAAGCGAGGCACCUAUCCCUGUUCAUAUGGACUUUUCGCAGGCGUCUAAGAAAGCAGACGAGAAAAGACAGAGAAAUGCAGUGGCAUCAACCAGACAUAGAAGGAAGAAAAGGAUUAUGCAGGAAGAGAAUACAAAACAAUUACAAAAGCUUCGGAAUGAAAGGCGCAUUAUGGAAAUGUGGAUUAAGGAGUUGAUACAACAACGGGACUUCUAUCGUGGAGACCGCAACCGUUUACGAGACAUUGUCGCACAAACCCGAUUAAUCAGUGGCCAUGCUGCUGGACCUCCUAGUCCUACUAUUUCGACAACCAAUUCUUACGCUGAGACCGGGCCAUUGGCAUCAGGACCAUCUGUAUCCAUGGGUUAUGGUUACGACGCGCCAUCAUGUCCAUCCUCUGCGGCGUCCUCAGCAAGCGGCGAAAGGUUACCGCCCUUGAGAGCAAUGGAAGGCCGACCUCCUACUGGCCCACCCCCUGGGUCAGGUACGCAAGAGCAGGAUUCGCGAACUGGUCAAUGGAUUCCCGUUCGGCCUCGCGUCACGGAAACUGGAUGGGCAAUAAAGGAUACUCACCGGAGGCUUUUAUGCAAUGGAAUUUGA